AUGAUACUUAAUUAAUUAAAGAAUCAACCAAAGUGGUAUUUAAAAAAGGAUUGGAAGAUUAAAACUUAAAUACUUAUUGCAUCUCUGAUUGUUUAUUUAUUUAUCUUUACUAUUCUAACAAUUGCAGUAUUAGUUUCAUAAAAUUACUUACAUGAGAUGCUAACCUUAUUUUCACAUCAAAUAUUUUUGAAACAAACUAAAAAUUCUUUAGAAUAUCAGUGGGUAUACAAAAGAGGUCUAGAAUUAACGUUAUUACACACUGCAUAAUAAAUUUCUUUUGUCAGAGAUUUCAACUAGCUCUUUGAUUCUCUAUUGAUAAAUAACAGCUUCAAAGUUAAAGAAUAUCCAAUGAUGUGUUUAAAUGACCCUAAACAAAAUGAUACUUAUUGUUAUACUAGCUCAGUUCCAUGUGGUCUCUUUGGAAAACCAAUAAAUAGUUUAUAAAAUUUAGGAGUUGAUAGCAUCUUAUAAACUACCUCAGUUUUAACAUCAUAUAAAUUUACAUUAGAUAGUGCUGUUCCUAUCUAUUAUUUUAACAAUAACAAUUCAUCAUAAUUAUAUUGUAUUACUAUUGGAUUAUAGUUUCCAAAAACCUUUAGUCCUAUUAAAAGGUAAUACUAUCUAGAUCAUUUAAAGGCAUCUGCUAAUGCCACUGAUCCAAAAGCCACUUAUAUUGUUAAUCCAUAUACGGUUAUCACUAAUGUAAUCAAUUUUCCUAUGACUACUAAUUUACUUGAUUAAGCCAAUGAUGUUAUGGGUAUUAUUGUGAAGGGCAUUGAUUUAAAUUAUGAAGAUCUAUCUAAAUUUAAUAGUAAUGAUACAAAAAUUCUAAUAAUCGAUAAGACUGGUAAAGUAUUGUUGUCAGACCUAUAUAAUAUUAAAAGCCAACCCUUAUAUCAUUUAAAUGAAUCUGAGUUUUCUGGAUUCAACAAUUCUGACCUUGAAUAGAUAUUUUAACAUCACUAUUAAAAAGAAUUUGAAAGUAAUUGUAAGAAUAUCAUUUCCACAAAUAUAUUGUGUAGAUUCAACUCUUUAAGUAGAGAUAAUCUUAUUAUUGAAACCAAAAAUAUUUCUAAUUCUCCAUUCAUAAUGGUCAUGCUAUUAAAGACAAAUUUUAUAUUAAAAUAAGAAGCAGAAUUUUUGGAAAUUUUAGCCUCAAUAUUUCGAACAGAUAUUCGUAACAGUUUAAUAUUGAGUUUAGUCAUUCCUAUUUUCAUUUUAUUUUGUUCAUAAUUCCUUAUUAAUAUUAUCUUAAAAUAAUUGAAUAGAAUUAUUUAUGACAUAAAAGCCUUUUUAUUUAGUAACAAAAAAGAGUACUUGAUGACAUAAUUAUUUUAAAAAAAUAGUAUGAUAUUAUCAGAAACUAUUAUUGACUUUUAAGCAGCUAUAAUUAAUUUAUUUUAACAUUAAGCAACAUUUAGAAAAUCUAAUGAAUGUAUUUCUGUAGAAAAUAUUUAAUUUCCAAUAUACACAAAGCUUUACAAAUUUUUAGUUGAAAAACUUUUAUAUAUUAUUAAAUAGAAAAGAUUUAAAAAUAAUUCUGUUUCAGAUAGUGUUUAAUUCUUUGCAAUGAAAGAAUUAUUUUUCAAAUGA